AUGAAGGAUCUGCUCACGACACACAACCAGAAUUGCUGGCGGGAACUCAUAGAAAAGGAAACCUAUAGUAGAGUAGCCUGGAGAGUUCAUUAUGGCAAGGGUCAUCUUAAAGCCCCUGGCCCCGUGAAGAGACACCUGAUCUCCACCCAGAAGGGCCUUCUGCCCACCAUCACCAACUCCCUUAAAUAUGAGGGCACAGAGACCCAGCGCUUUGGGAAAAGGGGAGUGGGGGUCUGGCCUCUGCGGGAGGCAGAGAAGAAAGGCCAAAGGGAGUGUGUGAAGGCCGAGCCUCUCCUGGCUGAGAUGAGUCCUGCCAGUCCUUGGAUGUUGCAGUUGCUGUACCAGGGCAUCUCCCAUGAGGGCAGAGGGAGACGCCAGUAUCUGAGGGAGAGGCAGCAGCAAAAGCCUGAGGAGAGGUUCAAGUACCCUGUCCUGUCAUCCUGGGACUAUGGAUGGUGCUUAGGUGACGCUGUAAAAGAAGCCAAAGCUCCAGCUCAUGCCAGGUCUCGGGUCAUCAAGGACACUUUCUACUUCCGAAAUGGAGUCUUCCACCCGCCUUGUCGGAGUGACUAG